GUGUGUGUGUGUGUGUAAAGAGUCUUUAAAGACAAUAAGUCGGAAAGAGUUUGAAUUCAGUGAGUGAACUUGAGGCUGACUAUAAAGCUGCAUGACUGUAAACACUCACCAAGAAGCCUAAAAAAAGCUGCCAUAAAAGAAUUUCGUCCACAGUAAUCCGUGUAUAGCUGAUUAACUCUUAGUUUCUUGCACACAAAUUUUCUCUCAAUUGACAAAUUAUCGCAUUCACUAUAACUUCUUCUCCUCUUGAUUGCUACAGCUUCUGGUUUUGCACUUUUUAUAUUCUCAGUUCGUGGUCGCUUGGAUUUCUCCAUUUCUGAACUGGCGUCAUUUUCAGAGCUGUUUUUCUGGUAGUUUGCAGUGGAAACGUCACUUCCCAUUUCCUGUGUUUCCUGAACUGCAGUUUCCGCUUCCGUGUUGAUUUCUUUUUGCCCUUUCUUAUUAAAGAAGAAGCGGUUUGUUCGCAUAUUUAUGACGAAGAAAAAGAGAGUAAACUGCGCCAAACCAGCGCAAGCAAGUUGCCAGUGGCGAGUGUUUCCCGCUUUUUUUUGCGUUCCCGCGACGAUGCUCUGCGCGUAAAGGGAAGGGAGGGCGGGGAAAAGUUUGUCUUGCGCCCGCAAUUUUUUGGUCUUUCAAGAUGGCGGAAAAGACAGAUAAAGCCGACAGUGUUUCAAAGACCAAAUACCUUCCAAAUCAGACAUUAUUUCCAAUACUGGGGUCCCAAAGUAAAUCAGUUGGGACAUCCUGUGGCCUUAUUUUUCCAUGCGCUUCUUCUAACGUGGAAACACAGCCUGUAGAUGUUGAUAGUGGAGUCGGCCAGCCAAACUGGCUUAGAAAUGAAAGCUACAAAGAUGUUAGUUUAGCUUUUGAAAGUGACCAACAUGAAAUUGUUGACACAGAGUGUAAGCAGUACUCAUUGGAAAAAGCUACCGAAGUGCAUCCACAAUUUGUACACCAAAGAAGUAAACGCACUCUUGUUGACAUUUCUAGUUCAGAUGAAGAAAGACAACUCCAUGACAAAGAAAUCAAAAAGGAAUGUCCAAGCUCUACUGAAAAGGUCAGGAAACACCACAAGGACAAAAAGAAGCAUAAACAAAAAAAGAAACAUAGGCAUAAGUAUGAUAAAUCAGAGCACAAAGAGUGUAUCACUGAAGAUGUUUGCAAACCAGAUACAAUUUGGAUUGAAGAGGCAAAUCUUGCCCCUGAGAAAGCUUUUAGACUUCACAGAAAACCUGACAUAGCAAAUCGAAUGUACAACACACUGUACAGACUGGACAUUGCGUUGUAUAAGAUGAGGUCAAAUGUGACUUGCCUUGGGCUCAGCAAACAUCAAGUUAUUGAGUUGACAGAACAGAAGGGAAAGAAAAAGAAAAAGGCAAGACCUGUUGAAAGGUAUUGGAAUGUUAAUGAUUUCCAAGUUCCAGGAAGCACUGAGAACAUUUCUAUAACACUGUCCAGUAUCACAAAGAAACCAGAUCAGAGAAGUAAUUUAGCUGAUGUUAGAGGUUAUGUUCCCCUGGAGUUAUCCUGUCAGGAUGAGAUGGUAAAGGAUGAUUCUCUCAGAAGAAAAGUGGAGGAAUCAACUGCCGAUAGAGAUUCUCAUGAAUCUGAAACCUUGCAAAAGACUCGUGAGUUAAACAAGAUCUUGCAUGACAACCCACAGGACAUUCAAACUUGGCUGGCUCUUGUUGACUUUCAAGAAGAGAUUGUCAGAAAAGAGGACUCUGUGAAAUCGAGCUUUACAGCAACUGGUCGGGAGAGAAGGAAAGCUGCCACAAGGACCAUAAUCGAAAAGAAGAUUGCUGUUUUUGAAAAAGCUUUGCAAAAAAAUCCAAACUCAGUUGAAUUGAUAGUGGGCCACUUAGAUCUUUGUAAUGAGAUCAUGGACGCUGAAGAACUGGUUCAGAAAUGGAAAAGAGUCAGCUUUGUCCAUCCUAACAAUACUCUGCUGUGGAGACAUUACUUGUUGUUCAUGCAGUCCAGAUUUUCAGUGUUUUCAUUUAGUAAGACAACAGCAGUAUUUGGCAAGUGUUUGAGCACUCUGUCAUCAAUCAAGGAAGGGACAUUUGCAUCUCACCGGGCUGAAGGCGACCUGGAGGAGGAAAUGUUAGAUUUGUUCAUCAGGGAAUGCCAAUUUACAAGGCAGUCAGGUCACACAGAAAAAGCUGUUGCUUGCAUCCAGGCCAUGAUUGAAUUAAACUGUUUCUGCUCACAUGAUCUGGAGAAGAACACUCCUGUGACUGGACAGAUAGCUUUCCUGGAAACUUUUUGGGACAGUGGACAACCAAGGUUUGGUGAAGAUGGUGCAAGAGGUUGGAAGUCCUGGAUGGCUGCAGAAAACAUGACUGAGGUGACAACUGACGUCAAGAAGAUUUUCAAGGCAAAUUCCACCAGUGCCACAGAUGAGAGUGAUUCUCUUGAUGAUCAUGAUGAUGAGAUUGAAGUUGAUAAAAAUAAGCCUCUGUGGAAGAACUGGGUACAAGUUGAAUUAUCCAGACAGAGAAGACAUUUAUUGCCAUGGCAACCAGAUGCCAAAAAAGAUCAAACAGAGGAUGAUUGCGAUGAUGCUGAAAGACUUGUUUUGUUUGAGGACAUUAGCUCAAGCUUGUUCAAAAUCACUGAUCCAAGGAACAAGCUUAAGCUUGUAUUGUCUUUCUUGAAGUUGCUGGGAGUGUCAGUACCUUGUGUGAGCUCAUCAACAAAUGCCGAUGUGCAAAGAUUCCUGAACAUCUCCUUAGAGCAUGAGUCACAGCUGUUAGAGCCUGGCAACUUUACCAUGUCUCAAUUUCUUGGUUUCUGGCAGUCAUACCAUUGGGAUGACGGCGACUCUACCAACACAACUGACAAGCAGUGGCCCUCAUCAGAAGCUUUGAACCUUGCAAGAAAUAUCUUUGUGCAAAUCUUUCCAGUAUUUGAAGGAGCAACAAGAAGUUUCCUGAUGGUGUUGUGGCUCUGGUUUGAGUUUGGCCUUACUCAGAAGGUACCAUCCAGAAAGGAAAGUAAAAAGAAGUAUAAAGAUGUAAGGAAAUUAGCCAAAAGCCUCCUUAAGCAACCAGAAAACAGGAAUGACCUGACACUGUGGAAAGCUUUUGCAGAGAUAGAGUGGUUAUCUGGUAACACUGAUGAAGCUCGCAGAAUGUUUGACUCCACUCUCACGAUGGGCGGUGAAAUGUUUUCUGAUGAACAGAGCAGAAGGACAGCUUUAGCACCUCUUGUCAGGUCAUAUGCUGAGCUUGAAGUUGGUGUCACUGGAAACUCAGAAGAGUCGCAGGUUAUGUCAAGUGAGGAAAACAAGAAAGCAUUACAGAUCUUGACCACAUUUGCCGAGGGAGCAAACUUUCAACCUUCCACGUCCAAUACAUCAACUGCUGACGUGUCUGCUGUUCGACUGCUGAAGUCUCGUAGAAUCUACCAGAAAUACCACCAAGGAAUUACUGGCACAACUGAGUCGUCCCAAGAAAAGAGACAGUUGCUUGACUGCGACAUUGCCUCUGGAAGUCUGGCAGUUCAUCUUGAAGCUUGUAGUGUUUUGUUUGAAUACUUGAGCACUGGCAUUCAAGGUGUAUUGUCUGUGUGUAAUGAUAUUAUUUCAGUCGCUUCAUGUGAUCAAGCUCACCUCCUUGAGAUGGACAUUGAACUCAUUCUAAGCUUUUACAUCAGGCUGUUUAGAUUUCACUGCACGCGUGGCAGAACGCUGCCCCUGAAAGACACUAGAAAUAUUGUACACUUUGCAUUGGAGAAAUUUCCUGAUAAUCCUGAAUUUCUCUCAUUUUACAUUCAGCGUGAAUCAAAGUCAAUUCUCACUGGUGAGAUCAGAAGGAUUCUUGACAAGGCUGCCCAAAAGGCCACCACACCUGUUCCAUGGAUCUUUGCAAUUUAUUAUGAGCAGCUUAGGGCUAAGUCCCUGGUAUCAGUCAUGGAAUGCAAUGAUCUCUCUGCUCUAGGCUCGCAAGAAAUCUCCCAGCCGCCAUCUAAAAGGGCGUUUCUCAUUCAGAGGAAUGACCUGACACUGUGGAAAGCUUUUGCAGAGAUAGAGUGGUUAUCUGGUAACACUGAUGAAGCUCGCAGAAUGUUUGACUCCACUCUCACGAUGGGCGGUGAAAUGUUUUCUGAUGAACAGAGCAGAAGGACAGCUUUAGCACCUCUUGUCAGGUCAUAUGCUGAGCUUGAAGUUGGUGUCACUGGAAACUCAGAAGAGUCGCAGGUUAUGUCAAGUGAGGAAAACAAGAAAGCAUUACAGAUCUUGACCACAUUUGCCGAGGGAGCAAACUUUCAACCUUCCACGUCCAAUACAUCAACUGCUGACGUGUCUGCUGUUCGACUGCUGAAGUCUCGUAGAAUCUACCAGAAAUACCACCAAGGAAUUACUGGCACAACUGAGUCGUCCCAAGAAAAGAGACAGUUGCUUGACUGCGACAUUGCCUCUGGAAGUCUGGCAGUUCAUCUUGAAGCUUGUAGUGUUUUGUUUGAAUACUUGAGCACUGGCAUUCAAGGUGUAUUGUCUGUGUGUAAUGAUAUUAUUUCAGUCGCUUCAUGUGAUCAAGCUCACCUCCUUGAGAUGGACAUUGAACUCAUUCUAAGCUUUUACAUCAGGCUGUUUAGAUUUCACUGCACGCGUGGCAGAACGCUGCCCCUGAAAGACACUAGAAAUAUUGUACACUUUGCAUUGGAGAAAUUUCCUGAUAAUCCUGAAUUUCUCUCAUUUUACAUUCAGCGUGAAUCAAAGUCAAUUCUCACUGGUGAGAUCAGAAGGAUUCUUGACAAGGCUGCCCAAAAGGCCACCACACCUGUUCCAUGGAUCUUUGCAAUUUAUUAUGAGCAGCUUAGGGCUAAGUCCCUGGUAUCAGUCAUGGAAUGCAAUGAUCUCUCUGCUCUAGGCUCGCAAGAAAUCUCCGCAGCUGUUACUUCUCUUCCAGUCACUGGUGUAGUCCAUCGUCAACGUUCUUUGUUUGAAAGAGCAAUCUCCUUUCCUUCUGGGAGACACUGUGUGGCAUUAUGGAGGAUGUUUAUGCAAUUUGAAUCAAAACUUGGGAAAGAGAAAGUCAAGUCAGUGUUCUACCAGGCUCUCCAGAGUUGUCCCUGGGCCAAGGUUUUGUACAUGGAUGCAGUGCAGCAUAUACCAGAUGACAUUCAAGACAUUGUCGAUUUAAUGACCGAGAAAGAAAUCAGGCUACAUGCUCCACUUGAAGAAAUCGAACUCCUUCAAGAGUGUUAAUGCACUGAAAUAGUUGGUGCUGUCAAACUGCCCAUAUAAAGUUGUAGCGAAAGAUAAAAUCAGGCCAGACCUGAUAUAGAAAAAUUUGAGUUUAUCAAGUACACCGACAACUGUCAGCUGACAUUCAGCCAACAGUCGGUGAACUGUUGGUAGUCUGUUGGUAACCUGUCGGCAAUGUGUUGGUAAGUCGUGAACUGAAAUGUGUUGGCUGACAGUUGAGCAAUGGGUUACUGACAGCUGAAAAUGAGAGCCAUUGUUCACUUCAACCUAACUCUAUUUAAAGCAGACCCACAGAUGUCCUUCUUAGUGAGAUUUCA